GAAAGCAGGUAUUAGUCCAAAGUAAUCAAAAGUAAUCAAGCAUCAAAUAUUUGAGCCUCUGAUUAUAAGGACUCUGCAACCGCGCAGUAGAAAGCAUCAAUUAAUCAAUCAAGACCUCACUUGAAAAAACGAAUAGCAUUUUUGGGACAUUUAAAUCUGAAGUCACAUCAUCGAUGAAAACCAAAAUCAAUCUCUGCAAAUUGCAAUCACAACUAGCCAAAAACUUUUCUUAACUGCAAGCAAACUUGUAUUACUACUGUGAUAAAAUCCAACCAAUCUCAAAAAAUUGCAUAAUUUCUCAUAUUUCUCAUUGAUUUGUACCUUGAAAAUCAGUCAAAAAUCUUGCUGUCAUCAACCGGUAAAGCAAACAGGAACAAAAAAGAAAUCAAACCAGCAAGAUGGAUGCAAAUUCUACCAUGUAUGGUUAUAAACCCACUAAAAACGAACAACUCUGGUGCAGCGUGUGCACCCACGAAUUUUACGACCCUCGCCGUCUGCCAGACUGCGGUCACUUAGUGUGCGGACCCAACUCUCCUAACAAAUGCGUCGAGCGAGUACUACACCGUCCAAGACCCCAAUGCCCAGUUGCAUCAUGUAUGCUGAGAAUUCUUGGGACGAAUUUAGUGGAGAGUCUUGCGCUUCCGGACCUCGAAGGAAACGAGAACUUUCUUUCACCUGAAUACAAGGAGGUCUUCAAAAAACAGAAUCGGGGAGAAAACAAACCAAUCGGCUCGGGGGCUACUUCAAAAACUCCCCGCCACAAGCCACCUGGAAACGAACGGGUAAGCAUCGUGAAGAAUCUAGUUUACAAUGAGCGACGAAAAAUCCUCAUUGUUGGUAAAACCGGCACAGGCAAGAGUAGUCUUUGCAACAUCUUGGCUGGUCUAGAUUUCAACAAUCCGAUGUUUACAGUCUCCGCCGAUGCCCAAAGUUGCACUGAGCACACUACUUUGGCGAAUGUGUACUUUAAUGGGAAUAUCAUCCGACCGAUCAGUAUAAUAGAUACUAUCGGUUUUGAUGAUCCCGAUAGGGAUACGGACACCGACAUCAUAGAGGACUUAAGAACAACUCUUAAGACCAGAUGUGACCAUGUGAAUCUUUUCGCUAUAGCAGUGAAUGGACAAAGUCCCCGUCUAGAAGGAUCGCUCGUCGGAAUGAUUGGAAUACUCCAAGAGAUGUUCGGCGAGCCGUUCUGGUCUCAGACGGUGGUCAUUUUCACUCGGCUCUCAAUGAAGGAGUCUACCAAAGAAGAUCGAGAAAGAUCAGCAGGGAAAACUGACCAAAAACUAGCACAGGAGUAUCUGCUUGCUGUACGGAAAAAGUUUCCCAGCUGUCGUGCGCUAAAGUAUCUCUUUAUAGACUCGUGUAGGGAUAGAAGCGACAAAACGUCCGAACAGACAUUCCAGUCUUCGAUAGAACAGCUUUGGUCUAUGCUUCAAGGGGCACCGGAGCUGCCGACUGACCGAGUGAAAAAAGCUCAAUCAGAAAAGGCUAAACUAGUCGAACAGAUAGAAAACAGCGAAAAUGAAAUCAAGGUGAUCACCACACAAUUGGACAAAAGCGAAAAUGAAAUCAAGGUGAUCACCACACAAUUGGACAAAAGCGAAAAUGAAAUCAAGGUGAUCACCACACAAUUGGACAAAAGAACGCAAGAAUUUGAGGAUUACAAAUUAAACCAGCAAAAAGUUAAAGAAGCACUGGAAAAGGAUAUGAACGCUCAAAAACGCACUUUCGAGCUACAGAUUCAACAAAUUCAAAAAAACCAAGAAAUUUUGCGGGCUGAACAAGCCGAGGAGUCUGCAGCAAAGCAGGCAUUUUGGGAGCAAGAACUAAUGGGCCUGAAAGAACAACAGAAAAAAAUGAAAGCCCAAGGCAGCUCCAAAGAAUUGCAGUCAAAAAUUGCACAGAUGGAGAAACAGCAAGAAGACACAAAAAGGAAAUACGAAGAAGAUAAACAAGAACAAGAACUACGUUUUUCAAAUCAAUUUAAACAGUUAAAAAAAGAAAAAGAUAGAUUGGAAAAGGAGCUUCAAAAGUGGACACAAAACUUUGAGAUAGAACUGGCCAAGCAACUUGCUACAAAAGGAGCAAAAAGUCUAACAGCAAAAACGUCUGACAACAAGGAAUACGAGAUUCAGCAAGAGCAGUUCGCGGGAUUACUCACAGAGAUGGAAAAACGACAUGCAGAAGAAUUAAGAACACUUAGAAAAGAAUUAGAAGAACCUUACUUCAAGAAUUUGAACAUCCUCAGGCAAGAAUUGGAAUCAAAGAUAAAAGCACUAGAAGAUAAAAUGGAAAAACUGAUUGCUGAACAAAAGCAAGUAUUGGCAUUGAAAGAAAAACGUUUCGAGGAGCAAAUCGAGGGACUAAAGAAGACGCUAGAAAAUUUGGUGCGACAGCAAGAAAAAAACAAAGAAUUAGAGGAAAAAAUUGCAAAGAUGGAACAUGGGAAGCUACUGGCUGAACAAAAUUACAAAAAGGAAAAGGAUAACCUUGGAAAGAAAUAUUCAGAUCAAAUAGAGGAACUGAAAAAAGAAAAAUUUCAAUUGGAAAGCGAACUCAAGCUAAAAGAAAAAAAGCUGAAAACGGAAUUUGAGAAGCAAAAAUCAACAAAAGAAAAAACGUUGAAAUUAAAACAAGGGGCAGAAAUUUAUAAAGCCGAGUUGAUCAGCAAAAUAAAAUCCAAUUUGGUUGAGUGUGCGCAGAUGAAGCUGGAUCUUGAAGGUACCCUCGAAAAGGUCAAAAAAAUCCAGAUGAGCUCUUACCCAGAGCACACUUGGAUAGUGACUGGUGCCGACAUUCGCUGCAACUUCAAAAUCAAAAGCAAACCCGAGUUAGGAGAGUUGAUUGAAAUUAAAAAUGAGCAUGAUUGUCUGUUUAACUUGAGCGUUUACGCAGUAGUCACAGCCAAACUGACAGACAUAAAAGAAACAGUUACAACAGAUAGUAGAGAGAAGGCUCAGAAGAUAGCGGACGAGGUGUGUCAGAGUGAAAAACUUAUCAAGAGCAGUUUAGAUGAAGUCGCUGAAGAGGUGGAGUCCCAGCUGAACAAAUAUGCUCUGAAAUGGCUGGUCAUUCAAGUGAGUGAUAGAAAUUUUGGUUCCGGUGAUUCUGUUUCGUCUGACUGGACCAAUAUCAGCUCUGUCUAUGGAAUUGGAAACCAAUAUACCCUUAAUGUCUUCUUCCUCUCCAAUUGAUUCCUUUUCCUAGCCACCCCUCCUCCCCAAAACCUUCCCCUUUAUCUUUGCUCAAUAAUGACUCCACCCUGCCAUGCCCACCACACCAAUACACUUCACUAGACUCUUAUUCAGACAAUGAUCAACUGCCUCUCUGCUCAACUGGAAGUACACGACGAUAUUGUAUCCCUCAUUCAGUUUUUAUCUCUAUCCCAAAAUUUUACAAAUCUCGCUGAUUUUUCAAACGAACUUAUCCCACUGUACGUUUUGUCAGACUCGAUUAGCUAUUCCGAAACAAUCUUUCCGAUAUCAAAUAUGCCUGAUCGUAAUAAUACACGCAAAAGACAAAACGAUGACAAAAAACGAUAAUGCUAAAAAAAAUUACAACAACCCAAACCCGAAUCACAAAUCGAAGAACCUUCGCUCAACCAUUCAAAUAACUUCAAGAAUGUUUCAAUACAAUCAAUUUAUUCUGACGAAAAAAGAAAGCUGAACAAUCGAUCAGCGGUAUAUUUUGUAUAGUUCCAUAUAAUUUGAGAAAACUAUUUGAUAUAUUUUUCUGGUGAAAACACAAAUACCCGACAAAUCAACUAAUUUUGACGAAUGG